CAACCCCAACUGUACUUCCUUUGCCGGUGAGGGGUUGCUUGUGAACGGAACGGAUAUCGCCAUAUUCAAAUUGGCCCUAUACAUGUGACUUUCUUUGAAGCAGUACGAAUGCUCGUAUUGCUGUUCUUUCUUAUGCUGUUCUUUCUUAUGCUUUAUGUUUGUGUUUGUAUUCACAGUUCCUUACCGUCAACUACGACCCAAAUUCGGAUUCACGUUAAAAGUCGUUCUCCAAACACCGACAGUGUCAAAUGCUGUUCACAAAACUGCUGCAAAGCCUGUUCUUCGCAAAACCACCUCACCUCAAAUCGUCACCAUGACACCUCUUACGCAGACGCUCGAUUACGAGAUCGUCGUCGCUCACUACAACGAGCCACUUGAUUGGUUGAGACCGUACGCAAAACGAGCCGGUCACGUGUACCACAAGGGAUCGAACACAAGUGCCCCGUUUGAUAUGAAAAAAUGGGAAAGGCUACCCAACACGGGCCGAGAGGCCCACACCUACCUCCACCACAUCGUAAACUAUUAUGACAAUCUCGCCAACGUCACUGUUUUUCUGCAAGGCCACGGGCCCCAGACAAAAGACUGUUUUGCCGAUGUUGAGGAAUUCCUCGAGAAGGCGAUGAGAAAUGACUUCUGUUGCCAACACAAAAGCUACGCCAACUGGGGCCGCAUAAAGCACAAUGGUAAAUACCUCCAGGAAGUCAGGGCAGGGAAGCUGCGACUAGCGAACCUGACGUUUGCCGAUUUCUACAGUGCCUUGUUUGGCGAGGAACAUCCUAAAUCCGUGCCGAUGUGUUGGUCGGGAUGUUUCUCCGCUCUGAGGGAGAAUCUUUGCAAGCGGCCGCUGAGUUUUUACCAGAGGGGCCUUUCGUUGAUGCCAAAUGACACCAACCCGGAGGAAGCACACUAUUUUGAACGGUUGUGGGCUACCAUCGUAAAGAAACAUUAGUCUUUAGAAAAAAAGUCUUCGAGUUGGUCUUUUGAAUUGAUAAAUAUAUGUGUGGUUUUUAUUAAUCUAUAGUUGGUAUUACCCGUCCAUAGCUAACGGAUUUUUAUUUUAAAUGAGUUUAUUUGUCGUGUAUAAUAUAACGUGACCAUAUAAAAGAUGUUAUCUUUGAUAAGAUAAAUGAUUUUAAUUUAAUUACCUUCGAAUAAAUUUAACUUGAUUUGAUCUUCGCAGCUAAAGUAAUACGUUCUAAUAAACCAUUUUGCCAAAUCUCUUUGAAAGUUCUCGGCAGUUGAUUAACUUUGGAACUAGCCUUUGAUGUGAUACUUUUGAAAUUCAGGUUGUUGGGGGAUUCGUAUAAAAAUGCCAAAAAUAACAAUUAAGAGACCAAAAAAAAAAAAUCUUAAAUUUGCAUUAGUCUUUAGGAUACUGUUCUAUGGAUUAUAUGUUACGACUGCAAUCUUGUGUACUCAACACAAUUUCAACACCCGGUGUACUUUGAAAUAUCUUUCCUAAAAUUUCUCAGGUAGCAAGUCAUGCAUGUAUACUGAGGACGUUGUCUGCUGCCCUCUACCCUCCGCUUAAUCUCGACAGUCUGAUAAGUCUCCAAUAUGCCGAAUUCUUGAACGAAUGAUGACUUAUUAACGAGGAUAUUUUUGGAUACAAUCACACGUGAUUCGUAGGUUAUUGACAUAAUUCAAAUUACCUUUUUACAAUCCUCAUUUUCCAAAUUGAAGUUAAGUUGCUAAAUUGUUUAUUUUUAAAGAGUUGUUGGAACAGAGAAAAGCGCCCUCAUUUGCUAAAAAAUAUGGCGAAUUAGUGGGGCAGAUAGGGGAAAUAUAUUGGGGGAAUGGUGCCUUUGAUGAUACAAACAUGCCAUUUGGCAUACAGUCAGAGUAUGUCUUACUAAAGAUAUUUGGCUAAUUACCAUCGCAGAUUAGUCCUUCAAAAAAAAUAUAGGAAGAAUAACAAACAAUUUUCAAAAUGGCUGCCAUUGCUUGUUAUGCUACCUACUUUUUCUUCAAGGACAAAUCUUCGAUGGCCCUAUAGCCAAAUAUAUUUAUUAUCACAUACACUGACUGUGUGCCAAUUCCAUGCUUGUAUUAUUAAAGGCACAAUCCCAUCGCCUAUCUGCCGUACUAAAUCGGAAACCAUGACCUGGUUUCCCAUGAACACCUUCCAUAUUGGAACGUACAGUUUGAAAAACCAGCAAUACUCCAAAGUUGAAAAAAGCGAGCUUAUGUUACGGUGAAAUUAUUCUGGACAAGAGAAAUUUAAUGUGCAAUAAAUCCAUCGUCUGUCAAAAGGUUUAUUCAUUUGUGUCUUUUGUUCUCUUUACUAAACAGGUCAGGUUUUAUUAUAAACUGUGCAUGAAGCAAUCCUAGGUGUAUCGACCCAGAGAGUAAAUAAAGUAGUCAUACGA